UUAAUAACUGUGCAUUUAUAAAAUUCAUUGGAAUUGAAAUAAUAAUAAUUUGAAAUGUGUGACAAAUGAAAUUCAAAAGAAAAAGUUCAGCACAGAAAUCAAUUAAAAUUGACCCUGAAUAGUGAAAAAGAUUAAAAAGAUGAAAUUGAAGUAGUUUAUUGAAUAAAUAUCAUUUAUUGCUGCACUGCAUGUCGUCUGAGCUUAAUUAGCCAUAUCAAAUGUUCGAGACGUCUAAAAUGCAAAAUAAGAUGAUAUGACAUUCAAUCAUGAUUUUAUUGUACACAACAGAAGUGACAAAUUUCAACAUAAAGAUGAGCAUGAAUCAUAAAUUUUGAGAGAGCAGCAACAACAGCUGAGGCUUCAUAUCAGUGAUGAUGAAUCGACGGAAGAGGAAUUUGCAAAACAAUUUACGCAACAACAAAAUGCAUCAAAAUUCCACUCCAAAAGUAGAACAAUGCCGAGACUCAAUAAUAAUGCCUUACAAAAUCCAAGAAACACGACACAAUUGUCAACUUUUCAGAAUCAAAUACAAAUUGUACAGCCACAGUUGAUUGAUGCACAUUUGCCACAAAUAAAUCAACCGAAGAAAAUUCCUCCAAAACCACCAUUGAGGAAGCAAAUUCGACAUGAUCCGGAAGGAAUUCAACAAGUUCAGUCAGUUACGGCUGAAUUUCAUGAGAAGAAAACUUUUCAGUUGGCGGUUGUUCAACAAACCCAUAAAUUGGCACUACGUGAAGUUCCAAAGCCACCAAUAAAUUUUAAUCAUCAACUGAACCAACAGCAGCAGCAGUCACACUUGUUGCAUCAAACUCAAUCAUCUAUGUCCUCAAUGACUUCAUCGACUACUUCUCAUUUUCCUAAUAUUUUAAGUUUUGGCACACAAAAUUUUCAUUUGCGACAUCAACAAAUGGCUCCGAAUCCACAAUAUUUGCAGCCACAACAAAAACAACAACAACAACAUAAAAUGAGCAGCAACAUGCCAAGAAUGAAUGUUAUGAGAAAUCUGCAACGACAAGUGCAAAGUCAUGCACAGUCAAAUGGCAUGAUUGUGGCAAAUUACAGCAGUUCUGUGUACGAACGAAGUGAUCCGGAGAAUCACAUUUAUGAGAUGAUUGAUGAAUCUGAGGCAAAUGGUCAGCAGAAGAAAAAGGCAAUAAAUACUGAUGAGGAAAUGACGAAGAAGCCCGAACACGAUGGAAAUGAUUUGUUCCAAAAUUUGUUACGUACGGAAAUGCUGAAUCAGCUGCAGUUAUGCAAAAGUAACAAUUUAAAGGGAAAUAAUGGAUUCUUGAGUCAUUUAACACAUGAAAAGCGGAUGGACAUCAUUCAGGAAACAGCACUGGCACUGGCCUCGUCAGCUUAUGUGGAAAACUUUCAUCCGCAAUCACUUCCAACAUCACUGAUUAAAAAGGUCACAUAAAGCAGAAAAAUAAUAAUUUAAAAGCACGAAAUCUCACUGAUUAAUAAUCAACAUGAUGAUUGAUCGACAUGAAUAAAAUAAGUUGAAAGAAGUGCGCUCAUUGAAAAGUCAACAUAGCAUGUGAUUAUAAACGACACUGGAUAUUAAUCAGUUCCCCACAACCCAACGUUAAACGAACGAGAUAUGCAAUAAGUCAUUGACUGAUAGACAUUCUCAAUCUUCAUGAUAAUCUCAACUCAUCGCAUAUUUAUUACGGCUAUGAAGUAAUGAGGAUAAAAAAGCUAUUAACUCUGUUUGUGCUUCUUAUCAGACAAUUAUCGAGAAGCGGCUCUUGUUGAGACACACUUUAGAGUGUAAAUGUAAUAAGAUUUCAUCACGGACAUGAAAAAAAAUUAAAUUGUCAAUGAUGAAAAGUGAAGGGAAGUGAAAUUAUUCUUCCUGUCGAUUCGCAUGUCUUGCAAGAGAACUGCAUAGUCAAUUAAACAUUAAUUAUUAUUAAAUGGAUUUUUUGUAUUUUGAUGCAUGGCUUGAAUUGAGUUUUUGAACCCUCGCGCUAUAGUUUAAGUCAGUUACAGGCGCGUAGCCAGGAGGGUCUUGCCCCCCUUCCCCUUAAAAGUUUUGAACCGAAACGAAAGCACGACCUAAAACGCAUAAGAGGGGGACAACACCCUCUUGGCUACGCGCCUGGUCAGUUAUGAUGCUAUAUCAGUGCUGGCCAACCAAUGUUCCGCGAUAUAAUUCGAUAAAUUCCACAAAUCGUAUGCUGUCUGCGGCUUCGGACAUGGAUUACUACUAAGAUGUGCCGUGGCAACAAAAAGGUUGUGCAACACUGUAGCUGAACGAUUACAAAAAUGCUCACAUAACCCAAAAAUUCUUCAAAUAUUUCCUAUUUACAGCCAUUGCGGUCGAUUGUAAACAUGAAACGAUAAUGAAGUAAGAAAUUCCAUCCUCAAUUAUGAUGAUACCAAUUUACAAUUGAACAUUCCAAUUGCUGUACAAAAAAUUCUUUACAUAUGCAAAUUUUCUUCUUCUUUCCCGUUCUUCCUUCCUUUUCAGCCCGCAAGCAAUUCUUCGGUUUAAUUUGCAUUUUGACUCAUUUUAAUUAUCUUUUCCUUCACAUCAUGUUCUCGUUGCUGUUGUUGCUGUUUUUGCAUUAAUUUUUAUAUAUUACCAUGUAGUGGAAGUAACAGGAAUUAAAAAUUCAGGUUGAUUAUCUUAUUAAAAACGGAACAUUGAGCAUGUUUUUGUUGGAACUAAAAGCAAUAAAAACGACUAGCUAUAAAAUAAUUAUUACACCAUUUCUCUAUUGUCCAAUAUCCGCAUAUGGUAAUAAAAAAAGCCACUGGAGUGACCUCAUCUAAUCUUUGUUACAGUUAUUGCUCCCCUGCCUCACCCUGAAGUAUAAAAGGCUCUUUUUGUGAACGGAAUGAAAAGUUUUACGGCAUUAAAAAAUAUUUUUUGUGGAAAUGGACAGAGACAAUUAUCAGGAAUGUGUGGAGACACAUAAAAAAGGUAUGUUGGUUGAAAGUUGAUGAAGAAGUCCUUGCGGGUAUUUUAAUUAUGCUGCUUGCUUACCUUUUGAAUAAAAAACUGU